CUACAUCGACGUCACUCACUCACUUGGCUGAGCGAAGAGACUACUAGAGCCGGUUUGAUUUUAGGACACAUUAAGAUAGAAGAUUUUAAAAAAGUUUACAAGAAUAUUACUAAUCAAGAUAGAAGACAAAUUAGAGAAUUACAAGCCUAUUGCAUCAAUGUAUAACAUCAAGGUCAAGCUUAGGAUAAAAGAACUGCAAGAACAUUACUGAUGGUACGACCAAGGACUCGAUGCUCUACAAUGUCAAAUGUAACGGACCAUAUCGAAGCAAUGGCCAGUGAACUAGCGAGCAGGACGAUCGUUCAAAUAGUCUUUGAAACUGGGUUCCAUGUACUAAUAUUGCUCAUAGCUCUCAUUGGUAAUUUGUGCGUUCUGUAUAUUUUUUACAAAUUUCCUCGACUUCGAAAAGUAACGUCGUAUUAUGUAACUACGCUAGCCGUGUCUGAUGUAGCCAAUGCAGUUCUCGUCAUGCCUGUUGCCGUCGUUAUCUCGGCAGUGGGUUAUAACGUACAAAACCUCAUCUCUUGUACCGUCAUUGGAACUAUUGGAUACACUUUGGUACUUGUAUCUCUGCAAACAACAACCUUGAUCGCUAUUAACAGAUUCUUCUGUGUCAUAAAACCGUCUAUUUACAGAAAACACUUCAAGCCAAAGCCCGCCAAAAUCAUGAUCAUCGGACUUUGGUGUUUUUCACUUGGCUUAGUCUUGGUUAUAGUAGCCUCCGGAAUGGGAAAUUUUUACUUUCAUCCAGGGAGAUUUGUUUGCAUCUUAGCAUUUUGCGACCGUACGUUUGAACGUGUGAUUACUUCAUUAAUGAUUUUAGUAUUUGUAGUUUUCCCUAUAGUCAUCGCUGUUAUUUGCUACGCAAGAAUUAUAAAAGUUGUUGAGCAUCAUAAAGCUACAGCAAGAAAAAGGGUCCAUCAAGAAAGCAGUCUCUCAAAAGACGAAGUCGAGAUCACCAGAUCUUUACUUGCCGUGGUCCUUGGUUUCAUUUUUUGUUGGAUACCUUGUUCUGUCGUUUUUCAACUAGAAGUUUACAUGGAUCUUCCACGAGAAGUGGAAAUGAUAUUCAUUUAUUCGAAUUUUUUGAGCAGCGCUAUCAACCCAAUACUUUUUAAUGUCUACAACAAGCCAUUCAGGAAACUCUUUUACAAAAUAUUUUUUUGUAAAAAUAAUACAGUGGUCGUAGAGUUAGCACCUAACAAACCAACUAAAUAACAUGAAGAAAAAAGGCCUCUUGGUCCAAUACAGCUGUAUAUAUACUGAACGGAAAUAUAUAGUAAAUAUAUUAUAUGUUAAAGUUAUUUCAACAGAUAUGUAUAGCCUAAAUAAGACCAACAGUUGAAAGAAAAAAGGUCCUUCGUAAUGUGUUUUAGUCGACUUAUAUAAAUCUAGAAAAUACUUAGCUAUAUAUAGAGGUCAGUUUAAAAACACGUGAAUUAGAUGUUAUUUUAUUAAGCACUAUUUAGAACAAAUUACACAUAACCCCUAACACAGGAAAAAUCAAAUAAUUGUUAUACUUUAGUUUAAUUAAACCACGCUAUGAUACUAACAGGAGAAAAAAAGGUGGUCGCAAAAGCAAUCGCCGUAUCCACCUCCGGUCUUCUAGUAUCCCAGGCUUUCUGUUAAUUUGCCAUAUCUAAUAUCAAUAUCAAAUGUUGAUCAACUGUUAAUUUUUCUCAGCACGAACCCGUUUAAAAUAUUUAAUAUAAACGUUAAAAUCUCAUUGCUUUCCGUUUGACUCCAUUGAGCUGCGCCACUGCUGUACUUGCGGUGGUGGAAAGCCAUAACAAUUUUUUUUCUCUAUUAAUAAUCAAAGAGGGUUAAUUUAAUCCUCAGGC